UUAAAAGAGCCAUUUUAAACCGUGGCGUCAUAUCUCUCUUUGUCCCCAAUCUCACACUACACACAGAGAGCUGAGGACGUCGACUGCGAAACCUUUCCUUUGAGAGUGAGACUCCGGCACUCCAACUCAAAUUUGAGGACUGUUGAUGUAAAUACCUAUUCCGCACCAUCGAAAAUGUGGCAGCGGCUCCGCAAUGGCUGGUUAGAGAUUCUGAACAUUCAGAAGUUCAGGAGAAUCGUGUCUUACACUGGCUUUUUCUGUUUUUCUACGCUGAUCAACUUUGCUUACACCAACAAUACGACGAGAGCUGGACACUCGAGGGCUGAUCAGUUCUAUGCAUCUUAUCCAGCUGGUACUGAGCUUCUUACCGAUACUGGGAAGUUGUAUAAAGCUGCACUUGGCAAUUGCUUUGAAAUAGAGGAGUGGGGGCCGAUUGAAUGGAGCAUUUUGGCUAAACAUUUUGAACGGCAAGGGAAAUCACCGUAUGCUUACCAUUCACAAUAUAUGGCACAUCUGGCCUCCCUCGGGCAACUGGAUGGAAGCGGCUAGCUUAAGGAUGACGAUAUAUCCAAUAUGAUGAUAUCAGGAUCAUAUCUGAGUGACAUAUGAAGUUGUUUGAGAGGUAUAGCUUAAAAUAGAUGACCAUUUUGUGAGGGUGUUGGCAACACAAGCCACUGAGAGCACUACACUCAGUGUGCCCUCUUAGUGCUUAGGGUUGUUACUGCCCUACGUAAGUACGUAUUCCAUACCUAAAACAGAGUUAUAAAAGUGCAGCCUUAUACUUGAGUUAGAUUUAUAGUUCCCCUUCACCUAAUGGUAGAUCGAUCAGUUUCGUGACUUGAUAUAAAUUUGUGGAGACUUGCAUUGGAUUAUUUGGUUUUGAAUAAAUGGAUUAAGUUUGGAUAA